AGCUUGCCCUCCCUGUUGUGGCUUCUCUCCACGUGUCCUAGCCACACGGGUGAUAAAACGGGUCUUCCAAAGACCUGGGCGUGGUUAAUGCCCUCAUCACCGAGAUGGGGAGGACUGGUGGACAGCUGUCCUUAGGAUGCAUAGGCCUUGAAGCUGCCAGCCCCUUUCCCCAGCUUCUCUCUCAGAAGGCCUGUGCCUGCAAAGUGGCCACACUCUCCUCCAUCCCUGCACCCCAGGCACUAAGUCAAUACCUUGGGUGAGGAGGGGUGGUCUCGCGUCCCCACUGAGCACUUACUUGACUUCCUCUGCUGGUGUCCACAGCCACCGCCUGUGCCUUUAAGAGUUGCCACCCUGUGUAGGGGCUUGACCUCAGCAUCCUCAGCUGAGUUGGAUUAAGGGACCAUUUCAUGCCUUUCUGAAUUCUUCUCACUUCUGUCCCCUCCCCCACAUGGAAACAGAGUAGCCCAAACCAGUCUGCCAAGGGCAGCCAGAGAACUGGUCUAGCCUGGCAGCCCUCUGCCUCUGGGAGUAGAGGCUGCCCCUUUGAUAGGGAACUUGGAGCCAGGGAGUGGACCCUCAAGGAUCCCAGGGAGAGGGGCUGUCACAGGAACUCCAGAAGGCCAUGCAAAGCCUUGGGCCAUGAAGGACUCAGAUGUCAUCCUCUGUGAGGAAGCAACAGAACUGAGCAAGACCGAGUUCUGCAAUCCUGCUUUCGAACCUGAAGCAGGGCCAUCUUGCCCUCCACCAGCCUUCCAGCAGGAUGCCAGCCGCAGAGUCCAAGCUCCCUGGCAUGGCCGGCAUCCCCGAGGGCUGCAGCCAGACUGCCACUUCUCCUGGCUUUGUAUCCUCCUGCUUGCCAGUCUGCUGCUCCUACUGCUCGGGCUGCUGGUGGCUAUCAUUCUGGCCCAGUUUCAGGUUGCAGCCCUAUCCAGGGCCACUGAGAGCCCACUGCCCACUCAAGGCCACUCCACCACCACCACUACCCCUACUACCAUCACCACCACUACAUCCCUGGCAACUACAGGGCAGCAGGAAUCAGGCUUGAGCCCUACACACCAGGCCACCUGCGGAGGCCUCCUUUCUGGCCUAAGCGGCUUCUUCAGCACUCCCAACUACCCAGACCCUUACCCACCCAACAUCCACUGCGUGUGGCAUAUCCAGGUGGCCACAGACCACACAAUACAGCUCAAGAUCGAAGCCCUCAGCAUGGAGGGGGUGGCCUCCUGUCUUUUUGAUCGCUUGGAAAUCUCCCCAGAACCUGAAGGCCCCCUCCUCAGGGUAUGUGGAAGGGUGCCUCCCCCCACACUCAACACCAACACCAGCCACCUCCGUGUGGCCUUCGUCUCUGACAGCAGUGUGGAAGGCUCUGGUUUCCAGGCCUGGUACCAGGCUGUGACCCCUGGGCAAGGGGGCUGUGCCCACAAUGAGUUCCGCUGUGACCAGCUCCUCUGCCUGCUACCUGACUCAGUGUGCGAUGGCUUUGCCAACUGUGCUGACGGCAGUGAUGAGAGCAACUGCAGUGCCAAGCUCUCAGGGUGUGGGGGGAAUCUGACUGGGCUCCAGGGCACUUUCUCUACUCCCAACUAUCCACAGCAGUACCCUCACCAACAGCUUUGCACCUGGCAUAUCUCAGUGCCCAUGGGACACGGCAUAGAACUGCAGUUCCACAACUUCAGCCUGGAAGGGCAGGACGAGUGCAAAUUUGACUAUGUGGAGGUGUAUGAGGCCCACAGCUCAGGAGCCCCCAGCCUCCUGGGCAGGUUCUGUGGAGCAGAGCCACCGCCCCACCUGGUCUCCUUGCACCACCAACUGGCUGUGCUCUUUAGGACAGACCAUGGCAUCAGCAGCCGGGGCUUCUCAGCCACCUACCAGGCCUUCAAUACUACACAGAACCCCUGUGGACACAGAGAAUUCUGUGAGGAUGGAGGCUGUAGAGAUCUGCAGUGGGUGUGUGACUUAUGGAGAGACUGCUCACGUGACGGUGAUGACAAUUGCAACACCCCUUUGUUCCCACAUCCAGAGCUGGCCUGUGAACCUGUCCAGGUGGAGAUGUGCCUUGGGCUGAGCUACAACACUACUGCCUUCCCUAACAUCUGGGUGGCCAUGUCCACCCAGGAGGAGGUCAUUGAUGUCCUUAGAGGUUACAAGAGUCUGACAAGUCUUCCUUGCUACCAGAAUUUCCGGAGACUCCUUUGUGGGCUGCUUGUGCCCCGCUGUACCCCACUAGGCAGCAUCCUUCCACUCUGCCGCUCUGUCUGCCGGGAGGCUGAGCGCCAGUGCCAGUCUGACUUGGCACUACUGGGCACCCCCUGGCCCUUCAACUGCAACAGGCUGCCUGAGGCAGCUGGCCUGGAAGCUUGUGCCCAGCCCUGA